AUGUACGGUACGUACGACGAUCAGCAGCAUGGCGGCCGGUUUUCCGAGGACGAAGUGCUGCAGAGCAUGCUCCGACGGCGGCACUGGUACGCGAAGCAGGACCCACAGCGGGGCUACCACCACUCGUUUAGGGCCAAGUCCCGCUGGGAGUUGAUGCGGCUGUCACUGCUGAUCGUCGGCAUCGAGUGUACGUACGCAACGGAGACGGCGCUCGUCGCCCCGAUCCUGCUUUCGAUUGGCCUGCCGCACACGCUGAUGACGAUGAUCUGGGCAACGCCGUCGAUCGUCGGACUGCUGUUCGCACCGGUCAUCGCGUCCAUCAGCGAUCGGUUGCGCUCGCACUGGGGACGCCGCCGGCCAGUGUUGCUCGUCCUCGGGCUGUCGAUGCUGACCGGGAUGCUGAUCCUGCCGAACGGGAGGCAAGUGGCCAGGUGGCUCGGACUGGGCGGCAUCGGGUGGCUGGCCCUGAUCACCACCGUCGGUCUGGUGAUGUGUGACUUCUCGGCCGAAACGAGUAACGGACUGUGCCGGACAUACGCGAUGGAAGUGUGCACCAUCCGCGAUCAGGCGCGUGUCCUUAGCAUCAUGGUGCUGACCGGGGGCGUCGGUGCCACGAUGGGUGCGCUGUUCGGAGCGAUCGACUGGAACACGCUCGGUGUCGGUGGGUACCCCGGCGGGAGCGAUGCGGCCGUCUUCGGGGCCAACUGGAUCGUGGUGUUGGUGGGGCUGCUGGUUACGCUAAGCAGCUUCGCCGAGAUUCCGCUGCCGGUGCAGGAGACCGACCCGCUGCUCCGGCCCGUCACCCAGAAGAUGCUGCUCGACGAGGUGCGCCGAUUGAACGAGAAAGAAGCGCUGCAAAUUAUGAGUGACGAACCGCUAGAGCCGCCCGGUGGCUUCCGGGAGUUCCUUCGGAAUGUCCUCCACAUGCCGAGAUCGAUGAAGAUCCUCUGCCUCACGCAGUGGCUCAGUCACAUGAGCUACCUGACUUACUGUCUGUACUACACCGACUUCGUCGCAUCCACCGUCUACGAGGGCGACGUACGGGCUGUUUUCGGGUCGCCCGCAUCGAACCGGUACGCCGAGGGCAUUCGCUUCGCCUGCCUCGGGAUGGCUCUCUGCUCGUUCACUUCCUCCGUCUACUCGACGCAAAUCGAGCGGCUGAUAGAACGGUUCAGUGCCCGCCCGGUUUACGUCGUCGGGCUGCUGGUACACAGCCUCGGUAUGCUGCUGAUGGGGUUGUUCCCGCAGAAGUUGGUCGUCUUUCUGUGCUGCUCCCUGACCGGGAUCAUGUACGCCACCAUCUACUCGAUUCCGUUUUUGCUGAUCUCGCACUAUCACUCGAAAAACUGUUUCAACGAAAUCGAUGGCCGGUAUGUGGAAAGUGGCGAGAAACGUGGUUUCGGUGUGGAUGUGUCGUUGAUGAGCAGCAUGAUGUGCCUUGCGCAGUUGGCCAUCUCCAUGUCCAUGGGAGCCAUCAUUGACGCCGUAGGAUCGUCGAUGGUCAUCACGUUUAUAUCGUCCGGCUUCAUGAUACUGGCGUCGUUCUCCGCGUCCUGUGUGUUGUUUAUUGGACUCUAG